UUGGUUUAGUCCGGUUUAUUAUGCAAGAAGCAAAAUCCAAUAAAAAAGACGGAGAUGGUGAAAAACUGAAAAUCAAAAUCAGAAAUGGCGCUGGAUGUGAGAAUCUUCGAGAACAUUUCUCCUUCUCGUUUCAUCUCUUUCACAAUCCCUAACCCUAAUUCUUCGUCACACCUCCUCCGAGUCGCCGUCCUAGACUCGCCUGUUCAGUCAACCGAGUCUUCUUCUCCCCGAGUAGCCGCCAUUCUCGUCCCCAAGUACCGAGAGUCCGAUUGGAUCUUCUCCACUGAGUCCGGCCAUCUACAGCUCCUCCUUAAUCUCCCAGACAUCUCUCGGUUGAUCUUGAUCGGCGAUGAUCCCGACGGUGGCUCUGGAUUUCCCGCGGUUUUCCACAGACCGACUGGUGAUGAAGACGAAUUUGAGAGACUCGAGAUGAGAUUGAAACCUCUUGUGGUAGCUCUAUCACCUAAAACCUUAAUACGAGAUGAAUUUGAUGAUGUUCCUUUUCUGAUUUACGAUGAUAAUGUUGUCUCUAGUAUAGAGCUAGAGAAAUCCGUCGGGCCUUUCGUUGGCGAAAUGCUAAUUGAAGAUGUAGAGAUUGAGAUCGAUCACGGAGUAAGAGAAUUCAGGAGGAGAUUGAGGUUUAAGAGAAUGCCUAACUUAGUUCAAUCUGACAUCAAAAUUAUCCCAAGAGUCUCCUCUUCACGUUCGAUUUUUUCUCCAUCAUUAACGGGAACAGAGUUCAAGCUUGAUCUCACGGAACUUGUGCAUCCUUACUUGGUACCAAUGGUGGCAAGCCUUUCCUUGAUUGAUUAUCACAGUGAUAAGUUCAAAUGUAGACCAAAGGCAUUGUGCAUUGGAGUUGGAGGUGGUGGAUUGCUUAGUUUCUUAAGGCUACAAUUAGGUUUUGAGGUUACAGGUGUAGAGAUAGAUCCUGAAGUUUUGAGGAUUGCGAGGCAAUACUUCGGUUUAGAGGAAAGUUCUGCUCGUGUUCACGUUGAAGAUGGUAUUGAGUUCUUGAAGAGAUGUUCUUCUACCUGUGAUGAUGAUGAUGCUAGAUUUGAUGUCUUGAUGGUUGAUCUGGACUCAACUGAUCCAAUUCACGGCAUGACUGCUCCUCCGGUUGAGUUUGUGGCCAAUGAUGUUUUGCUAGCUGCAAGAACCCUUCUUGUUCCUUCUGGGGUUUUCGUCAUCAAUGUCAUUCCUCCGAACAAGGCAUUCUACCAAGAACUUCAAGGCAAAUUUAGACACGUCUUCUCUGAGUUGUAUGAGAUUGAUGUAGGAAAUGGUGAGAACUUUGUUCUCAUUGCAACUGUUGCACCUAGAGAUCUCAAGAGUGGUUUUCCCAGAGAGAAUCUUACACCUGCUGUCUCGAAAAAGUUUCUUGAUGCUAUACACAGAAUUUGAGAUCCAUUCAAACAGGA